ACUGUCAGGUUCAAUGUAAACAAUCAAAACGUAAACAAACUUUUAGGCAGUUAAUUGCCCCUUUCUCUCACUAUUUAGGCCUCAUUUCCUUAUUAAAUCAAUAGAAAUGAACUUCAUAGUAAUUAUUUAAGCCCUCCCACGCAAUAAUUAAAUAUGUCUCUGCUCUUAACGUUCCUCCUGGCGAGUUUUUGCUUAAAAACAAGCUAUUGCAUCGAUUUCGACCCCCUGGGGUACAUCUUGUACUGCCCGUGCAUGGGAAGGUUCGGCAAUCAGGCCGACCACUUUCUGGGCGCCUUGGGGUUCUCUAAGGCCCUAAACAGGACCCUGGUGUUGCCCCCCUGGAUCGAGUAUCGUUAUGGGGAAAGGAGGUCCACACAGGUACCAUUCGAUACUUAUUUUAAAGUGGAACCUUUAAGGGAGUUCCACAAGGUCGUGACUAUGGAGGCUUUUAUGGAGGAGGUUGCUCCUAUCGAGUGGCCCCCCGAUAAGAGAGUGGCCUUUUGUUACUCUCCGAGAGGGCCAAAAGACGUCGAAAGCUGCAACGCGAAAGAGGGCAACCCCUUCGGCCCCUUUUGGGACACUUUUAACGUCGACUUUGUCGCGUCCGAGUUUUACGGUCCCCUGCACUAUGACGUCACUAACAAAGACAACUUGGACCGAUGGAAGGGGACCUAUAAACCGUCAGAGUGGCCCGUGUUGGCAUUCACAGGUAGUCCAGCCAGUUUCCCCGUUUCGGAAGAGAACGUUCCUCUACAAAAACACCUGAAAUGGUCAAACCGCAUAGAGCAGCAAGCGGACGAGUUCGUGCGCACCAAACUGCCUAAAGGGGCCUUCGUGGGGAUCCACCUGAGAAACGGCCCGGACUGGACCAGGGCCUGCGACCACAUCCCCGAGAGCCCCAAUUUGUUCGCCGCGCCCCAGUGUCUGGGGUACCGUAACGAAAAGGGCGUGGCCACCCGCGACAUGUGUCUGCCCUCCAAGGAGCUUAUAAUAAGGCAACUCAAGAGGACCAUCAAGGGUCUGUCUCAAUCCGGAUUGGGUAAGGAGGCCCUGAAGAUGAUUCAUGAAUGUCUCGAAACACGCGUGCGAUUUUUAGGAGAGGUUAAGGCGGUUUUCGUGGCCUCCGACAGUAAUCACAUGCUGGAGGUGCUGCGGGACGGUUUGAGGAGGAUGAACGUGACGGCGGUGAGGAGGGAGGAGGAGGUGUCGUCGCCUCACGUCGACCUCGCGAUCCUCGGCAGGGCCCGGCACUUUAUCGGGAACUGCGUGUCCUCGUUUACGGCGUUCGUUAAGAGGGAGAGAGACGCGAAAGGGUUUCCCUCGACGUUCUGGGGGUUCCCCGCCGAAAAAAAGGCGAAACGUCACGAGGAACUUUGAAAUAAUUGUCUUUUAAUUAAUAAAGUGUCACCGGUUUUUUAUUUGU